AAAGUCCCUCCUAUGUCGCUGCCGCCGUUCUCAGAAACUGGUUGAAAAGGGUGGUUUUGUUUGGAGUGGAAACGUUGAAAGUGCUACUUUACCGCAGUCGGGGACAGUUUAGCUCGACUGCAUCGGGCUGCCGCUGCUUUUUUUUCCUUGAGGCUGUGAGUGGAACGGCCGCUUGAAACUGAGGUGAAGAUGGAUAAAACAUGACUGCCAGCGACUUAAGUUUCUGCUGCAAUGGAGAGGAAAGAUCCCCAUGCUAGGUGCAAAGAUCUGCAGUGGUCAGAAAGAAACGCAAACCAUGGAUAUAUGAAGGAAGAGCAACGGUUGUCUCAUCACAGCCAUUCCCAGUUUGAUGAGAUACGACAGCCAGGUGUCAGUCUCCUUUGUGAUGAUAAAACAACUGAUUUUCCAAACUACUCUUGUGGUGCCCGGUGCGAUGGUGCUGACUCAAGUCAAUAUAUUUCGGAACAUGUCUGUACCUCUCGUGGUAAUAUGAGCUGGCAAAGGACAAGUCCUCAAGCUUUGAGAAAUAAUGAUAGUGGGAUCUGUACGCCAGUUACCUUGACAGAUUGGACAUUUGGUGAUGUAAACUGCUUUGAUCACAAAGGACCAUGUUCGGAUCAACUUUUAGAUGAAGAGUUGAAGACACUGGAGAUGGAAGGGUUGAACUUCCCAUGUGGGCAUCUGGAUUUUACAGGGCAGAUGCCAUCUCUUUAUUGUUCAGACAUGUCAGGUGAUGAGUGCAACCUUCAAAACACAAAGAUGGAGUUGGCCGGCAUUGAGAAGCCAUACUCUCUCACUGGUGUAACUGAUUGUGAAAAUGUGUCUGAGAAGGAUUCACGUGAAAAUGGAUGUGUGUCCUCCAUUCAUCGAAGGGAGAUUUCUGCCUGUACUCACAUGUUUUUAGAAGGCUGCCUUCAACCAGGCAGCUAUGGAGACCACAACUUCCCUUUCAAGACAGAUGACAAUCUAUCUUUCCUCGACAACUUAGAUUGUAUCCGUUCUACCAACACUUCUCAAGAAGAUGGGAUAGAUGAAUGUAAUGAAUUCAAUGAAGGUGAAGGCAUGGAUGAAAACCCAGUAAAAACUGUGGAAGAUAUCAGCCAACCUGUGAGGUUUAGCAGCAGGAAAAGCAAUAAACGCCAGAGAAACAAAUCAGCAACAAAAGAUAACUCUUCAAACAUCUAUGAUAAGGAUGAUGCAAGGGAGCAUGUGAAGAAGAAUGGCAAGUCUUCAACUGCUAAUAAGCAGAGGCACACAAAGGCUGAGAGGAAACGACAGCAUGCUGACAACCGGGACAGAUUAAAGAGUGGAGUGCAAAAACAAACUCAGGAGCUGCUCUGGAAAUGUGUAACCUAUAUAAAAAUUCUAAUGGAUGUUAUUCUUUUUGUGACUCUCAAGUGUGGAGAGUGUGUGGAGUUAGGAGGCAAACUUGUGUAUUCGUGUUGCCAGAUACAAAAAGAAGAUUUUAUUUCCUUAAAGGGCAAUGCAAGGACCUCAUGUCUGUGGCUUCUUAAGCAGGCAAAAUCGGUGUCAGGGAAGCUUAAAUGGUUUUGCUUUUCCUCAACAAAGAUGACUAUAAAGAUUUUAAAAAUGCUGCUUGCUCUGCUUUUUCUCGUACUAAUGUUAUUUAUAGGAUGUUUACGACUCUGCUACAAAUAUGGAAAAUCUGGGAUUUCCAGGAUAUUUCAGAGGUUGCCCAUAUGGGGCAAAGAAAACUUUCCCCAUUUCCCAGUUGUUCGCUUUCUGCACAGCUUGUGCUCAUCUAUAGCAGAAUCUAGGGCUUGGAAUUAUUUGAAAAGACUAUGGGAAAAAUUGAAAAUGCGAUCCUGGCUAACUGGUAAAUGGCGGACUGCAGGCCAGUCUCCAGUUCUAUCCCCUCACUCACCUAGUGGUAGUAGAUACCAGCCAGAUCACGAGGUGGACAGGCUACUAGCAAUGGCCGAUAUGCCAGAAGAGGAUCUGGAUCCUUUUAAAGUUCUGGGCGUGGAGGUAAUGGCCACUGAUGCCGAGCUAAAAAAGGCUUAUCGGCAGUUGGCCGUACUGGUUCAUCCUGACAAAAACCAACACCCACGAUCAGAAGAAGCCUUUAAAGUGGUGCGAGCAGCGUGGGAUAUUGUGAGCAAUCCUGAGAGAAGGAAGGAAUAUGAAAUCAAACGGGCUGCAGAGAGUGAGUUACAUCGGUCCAUGAACGAGUUUCUCACCAAACUCCAGGAUGACCUAAAGGAAGCCAUGAACACUAUGAUGUGCAGUAAAUGUGAAGGAAAACACAAGAGAUUUGAGAUGGAUCGUGACCCACAGGCUGCUCGAUACUGUGCAGAGUGUAACAAGAGGCACUCUGUGGAGGAUGGAGACUUCUGGGCAGAGUCAAGCAUGCUGGGAUUGAAAAUCACUUAUUUUGCCAUGAUGGAUGGCAAAGUCUAUGACAUCACAGAGUGGGCUGGGUGUCAGAGGGUUGGAAUAUCUCCUGAUAUACAUAAUGUUCCUUACCAUAUAUCCUUUGCUACACGAACUUCUGGAAACAGUGGUAGACAUAGAGCUAGUUCUGAGAAUGGCCCAAGUCCUCCCACUGACCUCCAAGACUUCUUCAGCAAGAUUUUCCAGGGUGCUGGACCUCAAACAGCGAAUGGGAGCUUCUUUGGCCCUCCGCAGCCAAGGUCCAAUAGUCAGCCCAAAGCAGAGGCUGCACAAAGAACCGAAACAAAGCAAAAGCGGAGGAAGAAGGUGCGACGAACAUUCCCACGCUGAGCCUUAAAGUGCAAAAACAAACCUCAGCGAUUACCUCACUCAGCUUGAUGGCAACCUGACUGAGGACAACCAUGAUUCUAGAGUAGAGCAAAGACAAAUAAAAGUCCUCUUUUAUUGAAUUGUAUGAAUACAUUUGGACUGUACCUUGUUUUUAACAUUUUAAUUUGAAUGUACAAUAGCAACUAAGGUGAUCUUGAGAACUUUACUUUUUAACUUGAAUUAAAUAGUAAAGAAUUAAUUUCUGGUUUCAACAAAAUGAAUAUAACCCAAUAGGUGACUUUUUAAAAUGCUUUAUUCACUCCAAUGUUAUGAUUUUUUUCUGUGGGGGCGGGGGGGGCGGCAGCAGUGGUUCUGGUGGUCUUACCUCCUGAGUUCAUAAGUUCUCCUAAUCAUUUUUAAUGGGGAAAACUCUGUAUUGCAGAAAAAAUAGAGUAAACGGUAUGUUUGUCUGAUGGCCUAAUUUCCACCAGAAGACAGAGCACAUUUACAAACAAAGGAAGAAACCAGAAAAUAAUUUAAGUGUAAAAUUGAGCACAUUUAUUGUGGUUUGGGAGAUCAGAUACAAUUUCUUUUGUAACUUUAAAAAAAUUAAAAUUUACUGAAAAUCAUACACAAUCUUCUAAACAGAAAAUAAGAACCUUUGGUUAAUAACUACCAUAAAAAGUAAGUUGACUUGUGCUCCUUUUUAGUCCUUUAAUGUCUUGCCUUUCAUUCUCUUCUCUCACUCCCAUUCUUUCUGUGUACCUCAAUCUUCUACAAUGAUGAUACAGUAAUGAAACACAUACCGAUCAGUAACAAGAGUAAUAUAUUUUAUGGAUGUGUGCAGAAAUCUUAAUAUGACUGGAACACCAUGAGUAUGAAAUGCUUUGCAACACUAGCUUUAAUUCAACCCAGUAAUACAAAGUAACCGUAGCAUCAUCUGUGUUCACAGCUCCAUGGCUGGGAUUGACAAGAGGACAUUUGAGUAAAGUUUCAAUUCAGCACUGUAAACCUUUAUCAGUACUUGAAAAUUUAACCACCUUUUUCUGGGAAUCAAGCCAAAAAUUCUCCAAUUAAUAGUAAUGGAGUUCAAAGUUUGUUAUAUGUUAUAAAAGUGCCCAUCUAGAAAAUUAUUUUUGUUUAGCCAUCAAAAUCUAUGUACCACGUAUAAGAUUUCCUAUCAGUUCCCAGUCAGUAGAACAUUUGAUUUAAACAAAUGCUUACUGUUUACCUUUCUGGCACUGCACAGACUAGGGACAAAACUGAGAUUGAACAAGAGAAUACAGGCAGCCUACGAGAGCAGGUGUAUGUUCCAUAGAGUGAGCUACAGUCCUGCUUUCUACAUAUUCGAUCUGUGUUGUGAAUUUUCAAGUUUUAUCUGUACAGUAUGCCUGUGAUGCUAAAUUACCACCUUGUGAUCAUUGACCAAUCUGGUGAACUAGGAUAUCUGCAUUGGAGCCAGUUGAUUGUAUAUCUGAACAUCCUGAGUUUCAAAAGGUGGUCUCAGUAUCUCAAACACUCCAUUCAAAUUACAGAAACCCCAUUUAACAUAAAGUUAAACUUGGAGAGUUGUACUUGUAGGAGGCAUGUGUUUUAGUAUUGUCAUGGUUAUAGUCACACAUUAUUUAGAAUCUUUGACAGGUGCAGUUUCAGUGCUGUGGGCAAAGCAGAGUCCAUGGUGGAAGAAGUAGAAUACAUUGGUGGGAGUGGAGCUGUGGGACAGCAUUAUGAGGAUCUUUGAAGAGGAAUGAUUUGAGAGAAGGUGCUAAUUGGAGGGGUUUAGGGAAAGGUAAUAGCAUUGAAGGACAUGGGCUUUUGUUGAAUGGGAGAGAUACUCGUAAACCUGGAGGUAAAGAGAAGGAUGGUUAAUGUAGAGCUGGGAUGAAGAAAGGCUUAAGAAAGCAGAAUAGUAUACUUUGUAUUCCAGAUGAGUUUGGGUGGGGGAAUUCUUUUAAAAACAGGUGGUAAUUUGGUAUGGUGGAGAUCAGGGAGGGGACAGUCUUUGGAAUUUGGGAAAUGUACUUGAACAAGUGCAUUGAAAUAAACUAAUUCAAACCUAAUUAUUAAUCAGAUCGUUCUUGCACACUACUAUAAUUCUAAAUUAAAUGAAACAAAUGCUAGUACAAUAAAAUCUAUUCAAACAUUAGGAAUAGACUUAAUUGAUGUUAACACAAUAUUAAAUGCUUUAGCUAAAAACAAACAAAACUUUUACUAUACACUUAGGUUUGAAAAGUAAAACUAACAACUUUAAUAUUUUACACUGAAAAUCUUUUACUCUAUUUUUCUCUUUCACUUCUUCCUUUCUACAAUCUCUUUUGGAGGUGGGGACAACAUUCUUUUGGCUGUAAACAGGUUACACAGGUAUGUUGAACGUCUGUAGCUUGAAAUCACAUAACCUAAAAAGCGCACAGCAAUCUUAAAAGUGUUUCCUGAUAACAACUCGCUUCCCACACCCCCAACAUUUCUCAAGCACCUUAAUGGUGCAUAUACAAAUCUGUGGCAUUCCAAGAAUAAAAUGGUCUGUAUAUUGCCAAAGGCACAUUUCACUGUGGUGUUGUCAGUUGUGGCAAAGAAUUUAAUGAAAGAAUUAUAUUGGGAGGAAUUUUAUAAGCAUGUGCUAGGUCGACAACCUAAAGCAUUAACUCUCACCCUCUCCACAAGUGCUGUCUGACACACAGUUUUCCUUCAGCAUUUCUGUUUUUAUUUCAUUUUAUGAAGUCUUAAAUCACUCAUUUUGUUUCUGACCCUGAAAAUUUUGACAAUAGGUUGCCCCUUUUAGAUGAACUAAGAUAUUUAAAGUUGAACAGGUAAUUUAAAAUUGUUGACUUUUAUGAAGAUUGUUUGAUGUAGAAGUUUGUAAGCAGUUAUUCACAAGGUUCUGCUGACCAUUACCUGUGAGUAUUGUUGAAGUUAGAGCUAAUUUUAAGGUGACAAUCGACAAAUUUACAGUUGUGUAAUUUGGUGGGUUCACAGAUUGGACCUUUGUUCAUUUGAUUUGAAAAGGCUGUAGAUCCCAACACAAAUCUUUUGUUGGCCAGAACCUUUUCAGGAGUGAAAAUAAAAUGCAGAUUGCA